CGCACACUCACACGCACGUAAAGCACACCUCAGAUAACACGCGCGCGAAGUCAGAGAGAGGAGACGAACCCGAGGGAAGCUGCUCUUCGUCAUGGGCGCGGACGCAGCCACGUUACACGUCGCGGUCGACGCCCUGGCGAGCUCCCUGCGGCCGCAGGUGGCCGCCGUCUUCUUCGCCUCGGCCGCGUGCACGGUGACCUUGGCCGUCCUCCUGGCCUCGCUGAGGCUGCGGCAGCCGUGGUUGUGCGCGUGCGCGGUGUGCGAGGCGUACGUGACGGCUUCGUGGGCGACCGAGUUCGACAACCUCUGCGACUGGUACGCGCACCUCCUGCGCCGCGCGCCCGGGCGGACCGUGCACGUGCACGUGCUCGGCAACGUGCUCACCGCCAACCCGCCCACCGUCGAACACAUGCUGCGCGGCCGCUUCGACAACUACCCCAAGGGCGCGCCCUUCUCCGUCAUCCUCGCCGACUUCCUCGGCCGCGGGAUAUUCAACGUCGACGGCGACUCCUGGCUCUUCCAGCGCAAGCUCGCCGCGGCCGAGCUCGCGUCCCCGGCGCUGCGCUUUUUCGCGGCGAAAGUCGUGGCCUCCGAGCUGCGGUGCCGCCUCAUUCCUCUGCUUCACUCUGCAUCCAGCGGCGGCAACGGUGAGAAGCUGCUUGACCUCCAGGACGUGUUUCGCCGCUUUGCUUUCGACUGCAUAUGCAGGAUCUCGUUCGGCCUCGACCCCGGCAGCCUCGAGCUCGAACUCCCGAUGUCGGCGUUGGCGGACGCGUUCGACACGGCCUCGAUGCUCUCUGCACGGCGCGCGACGGCACCCACGCAUGUGUUCUGGAAGCUGAAGCGGUUACUCAACGUCGGGGAGGAGCGGAAGCUCCGCGACGCGAUCCGCCUCGUCGACACGCUUGCCGCGGAGGUCAUCCGGCAGCGUCGAAAGCUCGGCGCCGCCGCCUCAGGCGACGACCUCCUAUCGCGCUUCAUGGGAUCCAUCAACGACGACAAGUACCUCCGCGACAUCGUUGUGAGCUUCAUGCUGGCCGGCCGGGACACCGUCGCCUCAGCUCUCACCGCCUUCUUCUUGCUGCUAUCCGACCACCCGGAGGUGGCCACUGCGAUCCGGGAUGAAGUCUCCCGCGUCUCCGGGGACAGAGACGUCCGCCUCGGGGCAGCUACCACCUCCGACAAGCUAAAGGACAUGCACUACGUGCACGCGGCGCUGUACGAGUGCAUGCGGCUAUUCCCGCCGGUGCAAUUCGACUCCAAGUUCGCCGCCGGCAACGACACUCUCCCGGACGGCACGUUCGUCGCCAAGGGCACCCGGGUGACCUACCACGCCUACGCCAUGGGACGCAUGGAGUCCGUCUGGGGCCCCGACUGCGCCGAGUUCCGCCCCAACCGCUGGCUCCGCGACGGACGGUUCGUGCCAGAGAGCCCGUACCGGUACCCGGUCUUCCAAGGCGGCGUGCGCGUCUGCGUCGGCAAGGAGCUCGCCAUCAUGGAGAUGAAGGCCGUCAUCGUCGCCGUCGUGCAGAGCUUCGACAUCGAAGCGGUCGACCGGAGCUCGCGCCGGCCCAGUUUCGCGCCAGGCCUCACCGCCACGUUCGCUGGGGGCGUGCCCGUCAGAGUGCGCCGGCGAGAGCGUGUCAGCGCGCACCGCCCACCAAGUUAACUUGAUCGAUUGCCGCGUCACCACGGCACGCGCGAUUGAUUCCUUCUCCUCUGGUUUGAAACGGAGCAUUAGAUUAUAUCGUUCCCAUGCGAGUCGCCGUGAUCUCUGUGUCACUCGCGGCCGCUCAGUUUGGCGAGUGCGCUGGGUGCUGAGCUGCCAUUGGAGAUUCCUCUGAUAGGUCAUUAUGGCCUUAUGGGGAGAUUAGUCUAAUGCCACAAAAGUCCACUCUGCAUGUCAGCAUAUGUGUUAUUCUUUCCCACUUUGAAAGCAGAAUGCGAACGCCCGAUGCCAUUCCUGAAAAGAAAAAUUGCAGAUUCAGAGUUCGAGAAUACAAAUCUAGAU